CUAGGUUUAGACGUCUCUCUCUCGUACUUUUCACGAUUUUUUUUCUCUUAUCUUUUAUAAUUUCGAACAGAGAACAAGGAUUACACUCGGAUUUUGCUAUUGCCUUUUGGAUUCAAUCUUGUUUAUCGGAUUAUCAUUCAUCUUCCAUUAAUCGUAAGUUUUCUAUACAUUUAAUCCAUGGAUAUGUUUGCUUU